AUUAACACGGCGGCGCCACCUCACCAACCCAAAUUCUAUUGGACAACCGUUUGAAACACAAUCUCGCCAAUCACAACGCGGCAGGAACGCGAAAUGGCGUCAAAGUCGGUGCCCUCCGCCGUCGAGCGCUUCAACGACCUGUGCCGCAGACUGAAUAUGGACCGAGAAACACAAGAGACGGCAUGGACAUCAUACGAACGCGCAAAGGAGUCGUUCACUCUUGAAGGCGAUGAUCUCCACUGGUUGGCUUGUGCGCUGUAUGUUGCUUGUCGGCAGGCGCUUGUGCGGACGGUGAGCGGCGAUCAGAGUCGAGGAAACAGCGUGUCAUUGACGCAGAUUUUGCGGAGCACUGAUCUGAGUUUGCUGCAGUUUUUCCUCAAGAUCGAUCACUGGAUGGACAUGCUCAAAAUUGACCCUGGCUUUCGGGAAAGGAUUGAUGCAUUACAAAGAAAGUUUGAAGUUGCCAACGUCAUCUUCCAGAAAUACGAUCUCAUCUUUAAACAUAUGUUUAAAAGCUCAGCAGAAACUUCAAGACCAACUAAAGGCCGGAAAAACAGGUCUCGCCAGUGCAGUUCUGGUGAAUUAUACAAAUUUGGCUGGACUUUAUACGUUUACACUAAAGGCCAUUUUCCAUUGGUCAAUGGUGACCUUGUCAACUCGCACCACCUUCUCUUGUGCUGUAUGGACAUGUUCUACUCAAACGCUGUCAUGCAUGAGCGACGAGACCUCCUCAACGUUGAGUUUGCUGCUUUAGAAUUGCCAAAUGAGGCGAAAAGGGGAGAGGAAUUUAAGCCACCAGAAGAGCCUCCAUGUGUCAUGGACUAUUUAUGUUCAAAGUAUAAUGGGAUUGUGAGGGAAGCAAAGGCUGUUCGGGAACACUAUUGGAAGCCAUACAUGAGGGAAUUAUUUGAAAAACGAAUAUUGAAAGGAGAGGAUGCAGAGCAUUUGAGUGAUAUUCUGGAAAUGCCGCACUUCACGAGCAAUAACAAGUCUAUCAGUCAAGAGUACGAUCGCUUUGUGUUGUCUGAAGGAGAAUUUGACGAACACAUUUUUCUUGGAGAUGAAGCCCACAUGCAAAUUGGCACACCGUCUAAAACCUCAACUGCGCAGAACACUCCGUUUGAAGCACGCAGGUCACGUGUUUCGAGAAAUUUGGCUUGUCACUUUGAAAAAGCAUCAGCUUUGGCCCCGGCUACACCAUUGACGGGAAGAAUGUAUUUGUCAGAAAAAGGACCACACACAACUCCUGUGUCAAGUGCAACUGAGGCAAUCACAACACUGAGAAGACUGUUAGCUGGUUGUAACAACAAGCCCAGUGACCGCCUUUCUACCAUUUUGAAAUUGUGUGGAGACGAUUUUGAUGUUCAGAUCGAGGCUCGAGUAGAAGAUGUGAGCACCAAAUUUGAAGAAAAUUACAGCAGGCCAUUCAAUGAAGGAAUGGUGGAUACUGCAUCAAAAUUUGCACAUGAAAGAUUGCUGUUAAGUACUCGUCUUUUCUACAGGAUGUUGGAGUUAAUUCUUGUUAGUGAACAGAAACGGCUUCGAGAUUCGUUUAAGACAUCUGCCAGAGCUCUGCUGUCUAAAGAUGAUUUCAACAGCUCGCUGUUUGCAUGCUGUAUUGAGAUUGUUCUUUUCUUGUACAACUCAAACCAGUGUUUCCCGUGGACAAUACAAGUACUAAAUAUUCAUCCAUACAACUUCUAUAAGGUGAUAGAAGUGAUAAUCAAGGAAGAACCAGGACUAUCACGCUCUGUUGUCAAACAUCUAAAUCAGAUUGAAGAAAAAAUUCUGGACAGCUUGGCUUGGAAAAGCAACUCUCUGUUGUUUCAAGUUCUAGAAGCUGUAAAGUAUAGAGUACCAAUGUUUGAAGAAGUGACAGUUUCCACUGCUCAGUUACAGGCUUCUGCUCCAACUCAUCCUGUGUUCAACUCCUCUGCUUUUGGUGAUGGUCUUGUUCCACCUUGUAAAGAUCAAUAUUCAUCUCCAAUGGUUGCUCGUCGUCAACUUGGUCUUCCUGUUGUGGUUCCGUCACCAGCUUCACCUGGACAAAGAAGAUCUGCUGAAAAACAAAAGGAUCUAAGAUCAUUGAAAUUAUUUUUUAGGAAGGUCUAUCAUGUAGCAUUUGUUAGGAUGAAGCACUUAUGUGAUCGAUUGGCAAUUUCUGAUGAUGACAGACAAAAAAUGUGGACGUGUUUUGAGCACAGCCUUGUGCAUCAUCCUCUUCUCAUGAAGGAUCGGCACUUGGAUCAACUUAUAAUUUGUGCCGUGUACGUGAUGGGUAAGGUGCUACACAAUGAGAUUUCAUUUCAAAAAAUCAUGGAGCACUACAGAUACCAACCUCAAGCGAGAAAUCAUAUUUAUCGAAGUGUAUUGUUGUCUACACCUGGAAGAAGCAAAGGCAAAGGUAAGAGUGUUGCUUCUGAUGUGGAUAAAAAAUCAUCACCUCAGCGAGGGGACUGCAAUUCAACAUCUCCUUCAAGAAAUACAAGACAGAGUGCGCGGAGGCAGAAAAUGUCUGGAGGCACAGCCACUAGUCAAAGUGAUCCUUAUCCCACUGAUGCAGCAGGGGGAGGGGAGGAGGCUGUUUCAUCUACUACUGGGGCUCCGGUUGACCCAGAGGAACGAGGAGACAUUGUCAAGUUUUAUAACCAAGUCUAUGUUUAUCAACUGAAAGAGUUUGCUCUCAAGUUCUCACCAGAUGAUUCUACGGCACCUCCGUUGUCUCCUGUACCAGUCCUGAAACAGCAACACCAAUCACCUAAACGCAGGAUUUCAGCUCGGCACUCUUUGUAUCUGUCUCCUCAUCGUUCUGUUCCUACACAAGACAAAGGACUGACGCCAACCACGAAGAAAGUGUACUGUUUUUCUGUUAGUCCUUCGAAGAAAUUACAAGAGAUCAAUGAAAGUAUUCGAAACCAUUCCACAACAGGCAUCAAGCGAACUUUGGCUUUCCCUGAUUCGGCUUCGCCAGCGAAGAGAACACCUUCAGCUUCUCCUUUAUUCAGUAACUCACUACGGGCACUGUCACAAGACAGAGAAGAUGCGAGCAACAGCAACUCGCGUGAUUCAUUUACAAGCUGCUGAAUUGACUAUAACUCAAAUAA